AGAAAGCUGAAAGAGAAUGGGAACUGUCUAUGGACACAGGAGGUUUACCUGACACUGGGAGCAGCUUCAGAUCUUGGGUGGCCCCUGAGGUUCCUUGAGAUGGACGAACAGGUGAAUCCGCUGGAGAUAGACCACUCUCUGUCUGUGGUUCUACCAGGGGGGCUAGAGAAGAACGCCACGGUGCAUGGAAGUAAACCGGUGAUGGACUUGCUGGUGACCCUUUGUGCAAGUUACCACCUCAAUCCGUCUGACUACACUGUCGAGGUCCUCUCGCCCAACAAGAACAACAUCAGCUUCAAACCGAACUCUCUCAUUGGCUCGCUGGAAGCGGAGAAGAUUGUGCUGAAGCCCAGAGGAGUGGAGGAAAAGAUAAGGAGGCCGUACAUGCCAGAGGCAACUGUACGUCUGUUGAUCAACUACAACAAGUCCCAUAAGGCUGUGGUGCGAGUGAAUCCCAGACUGCCCCUCGAGAUGCUGCUGCCAGUGGUGUGUGACAAGUGCGAGUUCAAAGUAGAAACAACCGUCUUGUUGAGAGACUCUCAGUCCGCUGAGCCUCUGGAUCUGACCAAGACCUUAAACGACCACGGACUGAGGGAAGUGUUUGCCAAAGACACAGCUGGUAAGGAGCCGACCGACCAUGAGCACCACGCCAAGACACCUGCAGCAGCUGUCACACCAGCAGAGGUCAUCUCACCACCUGCACUACAAGACCUGCCAAAGAAGGAGAAGAAACAGAAGGAGAACACAGGAUUCCUCAGCUUAUUUAGAAGAAGGAAGAAAAAACCUGAAAUGGAAGAAGCAGUGAGUGCUCCUGCGUCUCCAGGUCUCAGUAAACAAAUGGCAGGCAGUACGAAUGCGCAGGGUGUUUCCUCUUCUAACACCGUGCCAGGAGAUAUGCCCAAAAAGAGGCGAGCCCCUCAGCCGCCCAUGGGUGCAUCGCAGAGCGUCCCCAACAACCUCAGCACGUGUCAUCUAAGAGGGCCACAGAUGUCUGUAGAAUCUACCUUGAGGAGUACCAAGAGGAGGGCCCCACCCCCUCCAUGUGCAAACACACACCAGGGGCCGCAGGCAGACGCACAGGUUAAAGGGACUCCAGACUCUCUGAACACUCUGCAGGAGCUGAUAGAAAGUGACGAGUCAGACUCCGUACAUCUAUCACUAUCCUCAUCUUCGUCACCCCAUCCAUCACAAACACGGCCACCGCCAUCCUCCUCACGUCCAUCAUUUGAUCCAUAUCUGUCUUCGUUUCGAGGGAAAGACUUAUCUGACGCCCGCUGUGCUCUUGCCAAAGUCCUGACAUCCUCUGUGUCCAAAGGAACACUGGUUAAGCGUUUGAGGAAUUCUGCCACCUUCCCGAAAUUUCACAGUGGCUCCUCCUUAAUGUCCAUGAGUCAGAGGGGUCCAGAUAAUGGGGGUUUCUGUGCAGAACUUGAGUCUGUUCUUAAGUCUAACCUCCCCACUGAGCCUGAGUGGGAGGAUCCUCUACAGAGGAAGGGAAUGACCACUUUCAAAGUAGUUCCUUCGAAGAAACAGAAGUCCCAUGAGCCAGAGCUCACUCAGGAUGUCCCAGACCAGUGCCAGGUAACAAUGGAAGAUAGUCCUGAGACUGAAGCUUCCCCUGAGGCUCCGAAUAAUAAAACUGAGACUGAGGAGGAUUCAUAUUCCCCUGACCGAUCAGACACUGAAACAACUUUGCCUGAUCAGGCGCUCUCCACUCAGGAGAUCCAGGAUUCUGACGGGCCAGACUCUCCUCCACCUCUGCAUGAUUUAGACGAUCAGGACUGCACAGGUUCACCUCUUUCUGAAGUUGGGGACAAUGAUGAAGGACAGAAAGAAGAAGAGAAUGAACCUGAAGUCACAUCUGAGGUGACAGCAGCUGUACUGUCAGACUGCAGUGAUGAAGAACUCGCCACCGACGAUCAGAUCAACUCAGGAGAUCCGAGUGAAUUUCUUCAAAGCCCCGGGGAACAGUCUGUAAGCACAGACCAAUGUGGCUCACACGCUGACGAGAAGGAAACUGAGGAAGAAGUGGUACAAGCAGAAGAGGAGGACAGUUUCCCUCCUCCUCCUCCACCUGUCUUCUUUGACGAAAACAUAGAAGUCAUGGAAGAGGGACAAGAAGAUUCUACCACUGCUUCUCUGCCAUCCUCCCAGCCAACAAGUCCUGCCUGCAAUGGACAGAGCAAUGCAUUCAGUGAGGACAACCAAGACGAGUCAGCCACGUCAGCUGCACCAAAGCCUGUGGACAAGAUGAGUUCGGCUCCGUCCAGGUUUGCACAGGCGGUGGCGUUGGCUGUGCAGAGGUCUCGCCUCCAGAGUCGAGGGAAAGCUUUCGGCCCACAGGCCCCCAGCGGUCCACACAGCACACUUCCCUCACCACCCAGGUGCCUGACUGGCUUCCUCCCACAGCUGACUGAGGACACGGCGCUCAGCAUGUGACCUCCACAUGACCCACUGAUUAACACGAACUGCAUCAGUUUUCUGACAAGAAGCUACUGACUUUUUUUUUUUUUUUUUUUUGGCAAAAUAUGAUUAUGAUUGCACAGAAAUAUAAUUUCUGUGCAAGACACCGCGUUGUCUCAUUUUAUUUUUGGCUUUAUGUUCACAGGUUGAACAUAAACAUAUUCUGUUGUGGAUGAAAGCCAAAUGUACAGGACAUGAGUUGUUGAACUGACAGUGUCCUGUUUUUUCUUUACUUCCUUUUCAGUUUUCAUUCAAGAAGUGCCAAGACGGACAUAAUGCUGACGUCAGAGCUUUUUUUUUUUUAAACAACAGCAAUGAUGUAAUUGCAAUUAUCGGCUUAUUCUAUGUUUAUGCCGGGAUUUAUUUUCUCCCUCAGCAUGUACAUUUUUAUGCUUUCACACAUGAAGGAUGCAGUAAAACUCAUGAGCUCGG